AUGCCCCGCUACCGGCUCACGAUUGCCUACGAAGGAACAGAUUUUCACGGCUGGCAGAAGCAGUACGUGAGCGCCGAGACCGCCCCCCCCGGAAGUGUUGUGGAAUCGGACACGGGCCGCCCCGGCUUCGUGCAGCUCCGCACGGUGCAGUGGGCGGUCGAGGAGGCGGUGUUCCAGGUCUUCCGCGAGCGGGUGACCAUCCAGGGCGCGAGCCGGACGGACGCGGGCGUGCACGCGAUGGCGCAGACGGCGGCGUUCACGGUGACCGGCGAGACGGGGCCGCCGAUCGAGCGGAUCGCGAUGGCGCUGAACUCGCGGCUGCCGGAGGACGUGCUGAUCAAGGCGUGCGUGCCGACGUCGGAUGAGUUUGAUCCGAUCGGGAUGUGCGAGUCGAAGGGGUACCGGUACUCGAUCGUGACGGGGCCGCUCCGCCCGCUCUGGAAUCGGCGGACGGCUCAUUACGUCUACGAAGCGCUCGACGUCGAGCGGAUGCGCGAGGCGGGGAAGGCGAUCGAGGGCGAGCACGACUUCGCGGCCUUUGCGCAGGCGAAGCACGGGCGGGAAUCGACGGUGCGGACGGUCUUUGGUUGCGAAGUGGCGGACCAGGGUGACAACGCCGUCGCGUUCGACGUGUCGGGCAACGGGUUCCUCUACAACAUGGUGCGCAUCAUCGCGGGGACACUCGUGGAGGUGGGCAAGGGGCGGAUGGAGGUCGAGCGUGUGCGCGAGGCGAUCGAGUCGGGCGACCGCCGUCUCGCGGGGCCGAUCCUCCACGUCUCCACACGCCUGAUCGUCGGCGGGUCGCAGGAGAACACGAUCCUCUCCUGCGAGGAGCAGAUCCGGCGCGGGCACGAGGUGCACCUGGCGUACGGGCCGAUCUACGGGCCGGAGGGGUCGAUGCUGGGUCGCGUCGAGGCGUUCGCGCACGAGGGGCGAUCGAUCGUCACGCACGAGAUCCCGGACAUGGUGCGCGAGGUGAACCCCGUGCGCGACUGGCGGGGGACGGGGCAGCUCCGCGGGCUCAUCCGCGAGAUCAAACCGGACGUCGUGCACACGCACUCCUUCCACGCGGGGCUGCCGUGGUGGAAGAACACGAUGUACGUCGCGAGCGAGCGCUACGCGUCGCGUCACGGGCAUGCGAUGGUGAGCGUGGCGGACGCGAUGACAUCGCAGUACGUGGGCGCGGGGAUCGGAAAAGCGGCCGACUACACAACGGUGCGCUCGGGUAUGGAGGUCGAGCGGUUUCUUGAUGUUCGUGCGCAGAGAGACGAGGUUCGGGCACGGCUUGGGAUUCCGGCGGGCGCAUUCGUGCUCGGGACGGUCGCGCGGCUCGCGGAGCACAAGGGGCACGAUCACAUCCUCGAUGCGCUGGGCGACGAGCUGCGGGCGCGUCCGGACGUCGUGCUCCUCUGGGUGGGCGACGGGUGGUGGCGGGACCGGCUGCUCGAAAAGGCGAAGCGUCUGGGGUUGCGGGAGCGGAUCGUGCUCACCGGGCUCGUGCCGCCGGAGGACGUGGGCGAGCACAUCGGCGCGAUGGACUGCCUUGUGCACCCCUCCGAGCGGGAGGGGCUGCCGCGGACCGUGGUGCAGGCGUUGCUCGCGGGUGUUCCCGUGGUCGCGCACGACGCGGACGGGACGGGGGAGGCGUGCGUCGAGAUGGUCACGGGGCGGCUCGUGCCGAUCGGGGACCACGCGAAGCUCCGCGAGGCGGUGGCGUGGACGAUCGACCACCACGAGGACGCGCUGCUGCUCGCUCAGGAGGGCAAAACGCGGUGCGUGCGCGGGUGGAGCGUGUCCGCGAUGGUGGACGGGCUGGACGCGGUGUACAAACGGGCGUGUAACGCGACCGAUGUGAUGGCGAAGGUACUGGUGGUCGGGCCGCACCCGGAUGAUCAGGAACUCGGGAUGGGCGGGACGAUCGCGAAGCUCGCGAGCCGGGGGCACGACGUGCUCCUGCUCGAUAUCACCAACGGCGAGCCCACGCCCUACGGCGACCCGGAGACCCGCGCCAAGGAAGCCGACACGGCCGCGAGGAUCCUGGGGGUGGAGCGGAGGCUCCUCGGGCUGCCGAACCGGGAGGUCGAGCACACGCUCGAGGCGCGUCACAAGGUGGCGGGCGUGAUCCGCGAGUUCCAGGCCGAGAUCGUCUUCACGCCCUUCUUCGAGGAUGCGCACCCGGACCACCGGGCGGUGACGCGGAUCGUCGAGGACGCGCGGUUCGACGCGAAGCUGACCAAGACGGACCUCCCUGGCGAGCCGAUCUACCCGCGCUGGCUCUUCUACUACUACGCGACGCACCUGCGCUGGGUGGCGAACCCGAACUUCCUGAUCGACGUGACGGGGUUCGAGGAGACGAAACGCAAGAGCAUCGUGGCGUACGAGACGCAUGGGUGGACUCGGCGCUGGACUACUUCGGCUCGCGCAUCGGCGUGA